CCACAGUUUACAGCUCCUUUUUCUUUUUUACUUUCUCCCAUUCUCACUUGUCUAAUUCAAUUUUGCAAAACGUUUGCACAAGCGAUGGAACCAGAAGCUCGACAUAGACGCUCUGCUCUUCACGAACAGACAAUGAUUGAUGAGAUAUCAUCCGAGCCAAAAAGCGAUUAUGACAAGCGUCUGUACGGACGCCUUUAUCCGAACACAUUGCGUGAUCCUCGCAAACUGCUAGCUGAAGAACCAUUGUACAAACACUACGGUCUAUUUGUCUCGCAAAUUCUCAGGCCAACAUCCAUCUUAAGACUACUUGGUCAAGAAGGAGAUCGAAUUGUGCAAAGGCUUUCCAAUCAGUUUCCGGCAACACUAUGCGCCCCUACUAUCAUUAUAAUCAACAUUAUCUACCUUGCACUUGCUUUUGUAUUCAUAAUUCUACUGGCGCGUAAGAUUGAGUCUGAUACAAAGAUUACGGUGAUAGCAACAGUGUCAUCAUCCGCACCAAGUUGGACAGCGGUUGGCGUACCUCUUUGGAUAGCAAACGUUUUAAUGCUUCUCAUUACCGCACCGUUCACACUCCGACACGUCGAGACAUCGUUUUCUGGGACCCAUAUCCAUGUCGUCAGCGUGAGGGCAAUGUGUCGGUAUAUCAUGUUUACACUGUUUAUCACCUUUCUUAGUGUAAAAGUAAUGGGCCAAGUUGAUUGGGCAGCUCGCGUCAUAUGUGUACCGUACUUUGUUGGUGAAGGGGUCUUUCACUUACCGCACGUCUUGAUGGCUGAAUGCGAUACUGUGACGUAUCCAGAAAGAAAUGGUGUAUACAUGCCGCUUGUCAAUUUUCUAACAGUAUCUCAAUACCGUAUCAUACUAUGGAAAAUUAUCGACCCUUCAUGGGUUACUCUCAUGACGACGCCGUUGCCGAUCUUGCGAAUUGCCUUUGUCGCUCUUGCUGCAUUAAAAGUGGAUGGUGUUCUUGGUGAUGACAAAGACUGGCGAUACAUUUUUAUUCCUAUGUUCAUCUAUGGUGCAUUGCGAUCUUAUUCACCACGUUUGGGUUGGUUUUACGACAAGAAAUUACGUGCCUUUGAUAUUCCUGCAAUUGUGCGAGUGGUGCUGUUUUAUCUCUUUAUUGCCUUACUCGUACUGCGAUUGAAUGGUAUCACACAGAUUCCGAUGCUGGUGAUUUUCAUACCUGUGUUGGUCAUCUUGGUCAUUUACUCUUUGGCUACUCUUUUCUGCAUUCCUUAUGUAUGGUCUAUUCUGUAUCAUAACAAUGAUUUUUAAAAUAAGGCAAUGUCAAUAUUGAUUACUUGAUUACUUGACAUAAUUCAUUUAAGUGCAGAGGAUAUACAUAUGUGAUUUAUCUUCCUCCUCACUUCGCAUCAUGUACGCAAUUGGUUUUUUCCAAUAUUGAUAAUCAGCCGAAGUUUCUUUUUUUUG